GCCAGUUUUUACGACUGCUUUCUGCUCCCUUUCAUGUAUUGUCUCCUAAAGAAUGAAAUACAGUACUGUAAAUUACAGGAAAUGAAUUGAUGUGUUGCUAUUUUCCGCCGCGCCGUUAGGGGGCGAGAGCGUGCGUUAAACGGACGACGCUUCCUGUUUUACUUGUUAGAAGAAGCUGGGGAGCACUUUGAAGUUUCUCUCCAACCGGUCAAUUUGCCUCCAAAGUGAUGUGAAUUUUCUGCGAAAUAAAGAGAAAGGCAUAUUCUCCCUCCCGUGAACGUUACGUUUAGCGAAAACGUAGAGUCCAAGUCGCCGUUUGCCGUCAUGACAGUGUGACAGUGACGCGCCAAAUUUGAAAUGAGCUCGACUGACUAGCGAAGAACAGGAACCUAGCCUCGAACCAGCUAGCAAAAUAAAAGACCACGUUGUGAUAUUUAGUCGGCGUCGUGUACACUGUCGUCAGUAUCGGAAGACGUCAUUAUAUUUAAUCCUCCUCUCAGAGAAAUGAGCCGAAGAGCAAGGACCACGGUCAACGUGAACUACGUGGAUUUGGAUUCAGACGAGGACAGUCAGAUUGGCCAGAUCUCCAACCGUUACCAGGUUGACAAUGAAGAAGAAUGGACGCCACCUGAGCCGAAGCCACUCCCCAGUGUCUCAGCUGCAAGUAAGAAGAGACCCUCCAAACCCAAAGUGCCUAAAAGCGAGGAUGCCAAGAGGGGCACAAAACCCCCCAAAGCUGGGCUGAAGCGGCAAAAGCCCGAAAGUAACGCAAAUGCACAGGCUGGAGAUGUUCAAUCACGAUCGACACAGGCAGGACCAAGCAUCAGAACAAAAGAGGAGAGGAUGUCACUUGCCGUCUCAAAGUCAGAACCGGGCGUGCAGGAAGGCCUGUCAUUUGCCGGCCUGACCGCAAAGAAAGAAGAAGAAGACGACGACGAUGAUGAGAACUUCACCUUUGAUGAGCCUCCGCUGAAGAAGCAGAAGACAGGCUGCCGAUCGGCUCGCCAGUCCAAACAAUCGCAAUUGGUGGUGAAAGGGGAACUCAACAUGAACUGGGACCCGAUUGAGGUGCUGUCCACGCUGUCGUGCGUGGAGCGUUGGGUGUGCGCUAACGUCGUCACGCUGCUGCGCGAGGAGAACACGGUGCCCUUCAUGGUGCGCUACCGCAAGGACAUGAUCAAUCACAUGGACGCAGACGCCGUGCGUGACGUCCAGCUGGUGUACGAAGAGCUUUGCGGCUUGGCAAAGAAGACCCAGUCUGUCAUUACCACCCUGAAAAAAGACGGCGUUUUGACUACUGAACUUGAAAAAAGUCUGAGGAGCUGCCGGUCCGCCGAUGAAUUGGAUCACGUGUAUACUCCUUACAAGAAAGGAUGCAAGGUGACCAAAGUGCGCAAGGCCAAAGCGCUGGGCCUCGAGGCCGCUGCCGCUGCCCUGAUCGAGGCGCCGCACAUGCUGGAUUUCAGGACAUGGGUUAAACCUGAAACAGACGGUCUCUCGUCUGUUGAAGAGGUGUCAACAGGCGUGCUCCAUAUUCUGGCCUACACCAUCGCCAAAGACCCCGAAACGCUCACCUAUGUGAAAACAUUGUGUGAGAAUGACGACGUGAGCCUCCACUCGUCGGUGACCAGGACUGCCCUCAAGGAGAAAGAAGAGAAGUCGAAGUCGAGCGACAAGAAGCCGGCGUCUCAGAAAAACAAAAAGCAGGAUGUUGACAAGUUCCACCUCUACUUCGACUUCACCAGCACGGUCCGGCGCGUCCAGCCUCAUCAGACGUUGGCCAUCAACCGUGGGGAGAGUCUGAAAAUUUUGACAGUCAAGGUGAACAUCCCCGAGCGGGUCAAGCAAAACUUCAUGCGGUGGUGCAUCAACAACAGGUGGAAGCCAAAGACGUACGCUCGGGAGGAGCAUCAAGCCCUCAUCAAGGAUUCAGUCGAGGACUCAUACAAAAGGCUCAUUGUGCCUUUUCUCAGCAGAACGUACAGAACAAACCUUACCAAAGCAGCCGAGAAGGAAUCGGUCGCCAUGUUUGUGCGAAACCUCCGCCAGCGCUUGUUGGUGUGUCCGGUCCGGGGCUGCGCCAUGAUGGGGGUGGACCCCGGCUUCCGACAUGGUUGCAAGCUGGCAAUCCUCUCCCCAACCGGUCAAAUCCUCCACACGGAUGUCGUCUACCUGCACGGCUUCCGCAAUGAUAGGGAAGCGGAAAAGCUGCGACAACUUAUGCUGAAAUACAACUGCAGCAGGGUCGUCAUCGGCAAUGGGACGGCAUGUCGUGAGACGGAGGCCUUCUUCGCUGACCUCAUCGCCAAGCACUACUUUCACCCGCUGGAUGUGUCCUACUGUAUCACCAACGAGGCCGGCGCAUCCAUUUACAGCGUGAGCCCCGAGGCAGUCAAAGAGAUGCCCGAUUUGGACCCAAACCUUCGAAGCGCAGUGUCCAUCGGAAGACGCGUCCAGGAUCCGUUGGCCGAGCUUGUGAAGAUCGAUCCAAAACACAUAGGCAUUGGAACAUACCAGCAUGACGUUUCAUCCGCAGCUCUGAAGGCGGCGCUCGAUGGCGUGGUGCAGGAGUGUGUGAGCUUCGUCGGGGUUGACAUCAACAUCUGCUCCGAGAUUCUGAUGAGGCACGUCGCAGGCUUAAACACGGGGAGGGCUCGCAGUAUUGCCGAGUGGAGAGAGCAGAACGGUCCCUUCCUCAAUAGGGAGCAGCUCAAGCUGGUCAAAGGCAUGGGACCAAAGAGCUACCAGCAGUGCGCCGGCUUCAUCAGAAUCAACCAAACUGCCCACAGCGCCAAGAGUGCGCCUCCUCCAGCAGUGCCAGCCAAAGCAGCUGCCAAGAAGGUGAAAGGGAAGUCCAAUGCCACCGUAGCGACGCAUUUCAACCCUCUGGACCAGACCUGCAUCCACCCAGAGUCCUACGAUGUGGCACAGAGGUUUCUUACCCUCAUUGGUGGGAGCGCCAGCCAGAUCGGGAGCGUGCAUCUCAAGCGGAGCGUGGACCAGAAAGUGGCCAGCAGCGGCAUGGACGAGCUGUCCGGAAGGCUCGGCACCACGCCCGAGACCCUCAGGCUCAUUCUCGACGGCCUCACCCAGCCGCCAGGCUUUGACAUACGCCAAGAUUUUGGGCAGGAGGACUUUAAACGGGGCAUUGUAUCCAUUCACGACCUCCAGGCGGGCACGGUCCUGACGGGCCGGGUGGAUAACACGUGUCUCUUUGGGGCUUUCGUUGACCUCGGCGUGGGCCGCUCGGGGCUCAUCCAUAAGAGCAAAUUGACAUUGGACAAAUUGCCCGUUAGCCAGCGCCGCCGCAGCCUGGCGUUAGGACCCGGGGACAGGGUGGAGGUGCGGGUUUUAAAUGUGGACGCUCAGAGGGGGCGCAUAAGCCUGGACCUGGUCAGGGUGCUGCACUAACUUUCACCUUUUUUUCUUUGGUUUUGUGAGGUAUUCUGGAAGAGUUUGUUCCUCCAAUAAAUAAAAGAAACUCUG